AUGAAACUUCCGACCACGCCUCAUUCUGUCUCACUAUCAGAUCUCUCAUCAGAUGAUUCAGAAACUGAAAAAUCUCUAAAUCUUGAAGAAUUGACACCAAGGGAAAAAGAAAUCAAAAAGUUGGAGGAGAGCAGUGAUGAAAACAUCAAGGAAUGGAAAGAGCACAAGAAGGAAGUUGGAAAAAUGACAGUUGAUUUUUGGGGAGUUGUAAGUUUCGAACCCAUGCAUGAUCAUCAGCGGCUCGCAGCAGAUGAUUUAAAAACUGAAAAGCCUCUAAAUUCUGAAGAAUUGACACCAAAGGAAAAGGAAAUCAAAAAAUUGGAGGAGAGCAGGGAUGGAUACAUCAAGGAAUGGAAAGAGCAAAAGAAGGAAAUUGGAAAAUUAACUGUCGAGUUUUGGGAAUUUAAAGCAUACUUGACAUUCUGCAUGUUGCUCAUCUGUUACAUAGCUACAAAAGAAGUUUCCCUAUGCAUCACCAUGAGUCAACGGUUGCUUGCAAGCCUUUUGGUCGGCGAGAUUGUCAUCUUCCUAUUUCCAAUAAUAUAUUUUAUGAUACGUCGAAAACGUGAAAAAAAAGAAAUUAACGCGAAAAAUGAAGAUAUUGAGCGUGAAGGAGAAAUUGGAAAGGUUAUUUUCGAUUCUGAAAAAACAGGAAAUGAGGAAUAUUUGGAGUUGUAUAAAGAUCAAUUGGAGAAGUUUAAUGCUGCCAAACUAAAAGAAGUUUCGAUUUUGGAAGAAGAAGUCCAGCAAAUGAAGGAUAGGAAUAUCACCUGGAAACAAUGCGUAGCAAUGUGGACGUUGUUCACAUGUUUCAUGGCUACAGUAGAAGUUUAUCAAUGUAUCGAAAUUCGCGGAAUGGAUGAAGCGUUACGAAACUCAGCUUUUGUUGUUGAAACAAUUAUUUUCCUUUUUCCAAUUGGAUAUUUGUACAUUCGAGAACGACAAGAAAAAUCAAAAAUGAAAGAGAAUAACAAAGAUAUCGAAAAUGCAGACGAAAUUAAGGAAGUGCCCUUCAAUUUGGAAGAAGCAGAAAAUGAGGAAUAUUUGGAGUUUUAUAAAGAUCAAUUGAAGAAGUUCAAUUCGGUCAAAUUGAAAGAAGUUUCGAUUUUGGAAGAAGAAAUUAGACUGAUAGAUAAUCGAGGGUUCCGAUGGAAUAUAACUGCGAUGGGAAUAUUCGUUCUAUCUGUCUGGAUUGUCUUCAUUCAUAGCGUGUUGAUAUAUCUCCAUUCGCCGCCAUGUGCAAAAGUCAAAGUGGAUCCGUUACCAGGCUUCUAUCUAACUUUUGCCUUCACUCUUGAUUUAUUUUUUAAAAUUUGCAUUCGUCGCUGCGGUUACCAUCGAAACCGGAUAGUUCACAAUCUGGAGAAGUUUUAG